AUGGAGUUUGGCUAUCGAAACGCCACACGGGCUCCAGCAUGGGUCGUCGCAUGCGCCCGUGCUACUCCUCCUCACCCUCCUUUCCCAAGUCUACUCCUCUGGUCUCCGAGCUGGAACCAAUCACCCGUCAAAAUGGUUCUUCACGAGUACACUUAUGUCUUUGCCAUUGGCACCUGCUUUGCCCUUCUCGAGGCUUUCAACAACGGUGCCAAUGAUGUUGCCAACGCUUGGGCGACCAGUGUCUCCUCCCGAUCCAUCUCAUACAGAGCCGCCAUGGUUCUCUGCCUGGUCUUUGAAAUGCUUGGUGCGGUCGCCGUCGGUGCCCGCAGCGCCACCACCAUCAAGAACGGCAUCAUCCCCGUCGCUGCCUUCCAGAACGACGCUGGCGUGCAGCUCCUCGCCUUCGCCUGCGCCUCGGCCGGUGCCUCCAUGUGGGUGAUGUGGUGCACGCGCCACUCUGCCCACGUCUCGUCCACCUACUCGCUCAUCUCGUCGCUUGCUGGUGUCGGUGUCGCUACUGUCGGCGCCGGCGGCGUCCAGUGGGGAUGGAACAAGGGCUCUGGUCUCGGUGCCAUCUUUGCCGGUCUGGCCAUGGCCCCUGCCAUCUCCGCCGUCUUCGCCGCCGUCAUCUUCAUGCUCAUUAAGCUCACUGUCCACAAGCGCAAGAAUCCUGUCCCCUGGGCUGUCUGGACCUCUCCCUUCUUCUUCCUCAUUGCCGGCACCGUCUGCACCCUCUCCAUUGUCUACAAGGGCUCUCCCCGCCUGGGUCUCUCCAAGAAGCCCGCCUGGUACAUCAUUGCUGUCACCCUUGGCGUUGGCUUCGGUCUGUUUGUCAUGUCUGCCCUCUUCUUCGUGCCCUACGUCCACGCCAAGGUUGUCAAGAAGGACUACACUCUGCGCAUCUGGCACGUCGUCUAUGGCCCCAUGCUCUUCUGGCGCCCUGCUCCCGCGGAUGCCGAGAAGGCCCGCGUCCCCAACUAUGCCGUUGUCCAGCACGACACUCCCGAGACUGAGAGCGAGUCUGACGUCCGCCCUCCCAGCGACAACCUCAAGGGCCAGGACGAGGCCAUCUUUGCCAGCAAGGAAGUCGACAGACCUGCCAACAAGAAGUUGAUCCUGGCUGAGUGCAACCAGGAGGGUUACCAGAGACUGAUGGCUGAGGCUCUCGAGGCUCACCACGCCAGACUCCGUCAGGGACGCGGCCCUCUUGGCUGGGCCAUGCGCACCCUGCACAACAACCGCAUGGGUGCCGGUUCCAUCCACGAGACUGCCAACCUCAUCGCUCUCUGCAAGCGUGUCCCUGCCAUGAUUGUCGCUGCUCUCCUCUACGGUGCUCACUAUGACAUCCACACUGCUCAGGUUGGUAUUGAGGGUACUCCCGAGGGCCAGCGCAUGGCUCGCGUCUACGAUCACGCCAAGAAGUACCCCAACGAAGUCGAGUUCCUGUACUCUUUUGUCCAGAUCAUCACUGCCUGCACUGCUUCUUUCGCUCACGGUGCCAACGAUGUCGGCAACGCCGUCGGUGUCUGGGCUGUCAUGUACGCUGCUUGGUCCACUGGCAAGGCUGCUGGCGCCAAAGCUCCCGUCCCUCUGUGGCAGAUUGCCGUCAUUGCCCUCACCAUCUGCUUCGGCUUCAUCACCUAUGGCUACAACAUCAUGAAGGUCAUGGGCAACAAGAUCACCUACCACUCUCCCAGCCGUGGUUCCUCCAUGGAGCUGGGCGCUGCCAUCACCGUCCUCAUCUUCUCUCAGUACUCUCUCCCCGUUUCCACCUCCAUGUGCAUCACUGGCGCCACCGUCGGUGUCGGUCUGUGCAACGGCACUCUCAAGGCUGUCAACUGGAAGCGUGUCUUCCUCCUGGUUUUCUCGUGGUUCAUGACCAUUCCCAUUGCCGGUCUCAUCGGUGGCUGCUUGAUGGGCAUCUUGCUCAACGCUCCCCACUUUGGCAGCACCCGAUAG